AUGGCAUUUCUCGGCUACGGUGCUGCUGCCGCGUUGGGCGGUGCAUUCAUCUACGCAAAUCUUCCGACAUACUUGACAAUUGGAGCCGUCGCUCCAACAUUUGCUCAUCUGGCCGCCGCCAAGCUGAUUCCGAUCAAAGGAAGUCUCAAAGAAAUCGAAACUGUCGAUAAGAAAGAGAUUUUUACGGCGGAUGAGCUCUUCAAAAAGGGACCAAUUAUGGUAAUGGCCGUCCGUCGUCCAGGAUGUAUGCUCUGCCGUCGUGAAGCAGCAGAAUUGCACACAUUGUUGCCAUUGCUUAACGAGAAAGGCAUUGGAUUGGCCGCAGUCGUGCACGAAUCGCGUGGAGCAAACGAAUUCAAAUCGUAUUUCCCAGGCGGUGACGUCUAUUUGGACACCGAACGAACCUUCUACGGACCCAAUGAGCGUUGGCUUCCACACUGGGUUGGAUUCCUUCGUAUUGGAACAUAUUCCAAUGUUUACAAGGCGAAACAAGCGAAAAUCGAGGGAAAUAUGGAAGGAGAGGGACGAUUGUUAGGAGGAGUCUACCUCAUCGCCAACAACAACAUCGUCUACACUCAUCUGGAAAAAGAGUGGGGAGACGCCGCGAACAUCGACGAAGUUCGCGAAGCCGUCGAGAAGUUCACCACGAAAAUGAAAUAA